AGGACUUCCACGACGCUGCUCUGAGUCUAAACUCUUAUUUUGAAAGACCAAACCGACAUCCGGAGUCACGCGGCCCGUCUGCUCUCUGCACCGCGCAGACAUGUCAGCUGUAGCUAAAGCUAUGUCCAAAUUCCGUCUGGCGGUGGUCCAGCUGCACGUGACGAGCGUCAAGGCGGACAACCUGAGGCGAGCGCGGGGGCUCGUCAAGGAGGCGGCGGGACGAGGCAGCCAGCUGGUGCUGCUUCCGGAAUGCUUCAACUCUCCGUACGGGACCGGCUUCUUCUCUCAGUACGCCGAGAGGAUCCCAGGAGAGUCCACCCAGCUGCUGUCGGAGACGGCAAAGGAGAACCAGGUGUACCUGGUGGGAGGCUCCAUCCCGGAGGAGGACGGAGGGAAGCUGUACAACAGCUGCACUGUGUUCGGCCCCGACGGGGAGCUGCUCCUCAAGCACAGGAAGAUCCACCUCUUUGACAUCGACGUCCCGGGGAAGAUCCGCUUCCAGGAGUCGGAGACUCUGAGUCCGGGGGACCGUCUGUCCACCUUCCAGACCCCUUUCUGCAAAGUGGGCGUGGGGAUCUGCUACGACAUGAGGUUCGCCGAGCUGGCCCAGCUGUACAGCAGGAGCGGCUGUCAGCUGCUGGUUUACCCCGGGGCCUUCAACAUGACGACGGGGCCGGCCCACUGGGAGCUCCUUCAGAGGGCCAGGGCGCUGGAUAACCAGCUGUACGUGGCCACGGCGUCCCCCGCCAGAGACGAGACGUCUUCAUACGUGGCCUGGGGUCACAGCAGCGUCGUUAACCCCUGGGGGGACGUGAUCUCGAAGGCCGGAGCGGAGGAGGCCGUCAUCUACGCCGACGUGGACCUGCAGUACCUGGCCGACAUCCGGCAGCAGAUCCCCGUGACGACUCAGCGGCGUGACGACCUGUACGCCGUGACGUCCCUGCAGGGAGCGGCCAGCUGAUCACGUGACCUCCGUAGAGAGAGAGAGAGAGAGAGAGAAGGUACCAGCACUCGCCACAUGAUGAUGAUAUUUAGAAGGUCUCCACAGCGUGAUGAGACGUUCUUCAGUUCCUCUUUAGCUGUUUACAUCGUUUAUCAAGUCAAAGCUCCUUAAGAUCCAUCGUCAACUGUUUCAAUAAUCAGUUUAAUCCGCCUGAAUAAUCGACGUUCUCUGAUUCCAACCUUUAAAUGUGAAGAUGUUCUUGUUUCUUUUUCUCCUCCAGCAGAGAUCUGAAGAUCUUUGGUUUUGGAUAAAAGACGAAACACAGCUGGACGUUUUGUAAAGUUUAUUAAUCAUAAAAUAAUCACUAGAUGAAUCAAUGAGGAGUUGCAUCUCUACAUCGGAUAUUUUAAUCCAGUUCAUUGUUUAAAAAAAGUUUAAUGAAAAUCAGGUAGAAAUAUUUGUUUUGAAGUAAGAUUCAUUGAUUCAAAUGUAAAUUGUCAUAUUUUCAGUCACGAUGGAACAAACACAAACAGUUGUGUACAAAUGUAAAUAAAUCAUUCACAGCGA